CCACCACCAGUCCACCACCUCUCUCUCUCUCUCUCCUCCCUUUUUCUCCCCUCUUUCUGAUGCUUUGACGCCACAGCUCGCAGCAGCUUUGGCCGCCCCGCCUCUGCCUCUGCCGCUCUGCGUGCCUCCCACCACCUCCUCUGCCACUGGCUAAAAGCCGAGGGCGGAGCUGUAGGAGAAGAGCCGAAGAGAAGGGAGCAGAGAGAAGCGCAGGAGAGGGGACCGCCGACCACCGAGGGAGCCGGGCAAGAUGUUCGACAGUCUGCUCAACUCCAAGUUCUACAACAAAUGCAAGCACGCGAUCAAGUGCACCCGGACCCGGCUGGAUCUGCUGCGGCGGAAGAAGCAAGCGAUGGUCAAGUUCCUCAAGAAGGACGUCGCUGACCUCCUCACCAGCGGCCUUGAAUCGCACGCCUUCGCACGGAUGGAAGGGCUGAUCAUUGAGAUGAACCAAGCAUCGUGCUAUGAUACGAUAGAAGAGUACUGCGAAUAUAUUGUGAAGCAGCUCAGCCACAUGCAGAAAGAGAGUGAAUGCCCGCAAGAAGCCUUGGAAGCUGUGUCUACUCUAAUAUUUGCUGCCGCUAGAUUUCCUGAUUUGCCUGAACUGUGUGAUCUGAGACAUAUAUUCACAGAGAGAUAUGGGAGUUCUGUCGAGCCUUUUGUUAAUUCUGAGUUUGUUCAGAACCUCCAGAAUAAAUCAUUUACUGAUGAAGAGAAGUUGCGAGUAAUGAAACGUGUUGCUGAAGAAUUCUCAGUUCCAUUUGAUAGCAGGGCACUGCAAUGGAAGAUAACUUGUGGCUCUCAAAAUAAACAUGAUCUUCCAAAGAAGAGUUCACUUAAACAUGAUAUGGAACGAGAUGGACACAAGGUUGAUAGGCAUGCUGUUCAUGAAAGAAAAUCAAAAGCUAUGCCUGAAGGCUAUGAACAGAAGCAGGAAAUGAACGUAAAACCCAAAGAUAUCCAUGUCGUUCCUGAUGGCAUUGGCCAGUUAGGUGAAAAAAACAGAAAGAACUACUCUGAUAAACCUAGUGAGAGAAGGCACGUGGAUAAUCCUUUGCCUCCUUUGGACAUGAAAGAAAAGAAUGGUCAGAAAGAAAUGAAGAAAUCUGGCAAAAAGGAUAGUGACCGUCGGAGGGAACUGAUGGAUGUGGAGGUGUUAGACAUCAAUGGCUUGAAAAAACAGGAUGUUGGUGCGAUGAAACCUUCCGGUGGCCCCGAUCGUAGUUGGGGUCAUGCUGACCUGGGGCUUAAAACUCUGGGCAUAGAAAAACAAGAAAUUGAUCCAAUUUCCACCUUGAAUGGUAAAGCAGUGAACAAGCCUCCUCCUUAUUCUAAGCCCUACAGAGCACCAAUGGGCGAGAAGGUUGCUGAAGACAGGCAGCCUGUGCCAGAGAAGGCAACCAAUAUGCGUCCUCCUUAUGUUAAGCCAAAUUUUGAAAAACAUGCAAAUCAAGGCGCAAAUGGCCACAAGCAGAGUGGCACCGAAGAAACAAUUUACCAGAAGCGUGAACCAAUCUAUGAUCCUGUCUCCGUGAGAAGUAGGGUUCCAAGACCACCUGCACAUGCUGAUGAAUAUGCUGGAAUGGAGGAAAAGAUGGCAAACCAAGCACCUGAUGGCCGAAGAAGACACUCAAGCAAGAGGAAUGGUGCCCAUGACAAUCAUGACCAGAGAGUUGCCCAUGUUGUACCACCCUUAGAAGGCAUGGGGGUCGAUGACGAUAUCAACAACGCGAGGCCUUUUCAUCGAGUUCCUAGCGAGCGAAGAAAGCACAAAAGCAGGCAGAACGGAUCGACGAGCGGCAGUGACUACAAUUGGGCCAGCGAAGGCCACGAGUCUGAUGGCGACGAUGUGAACACAUCGAUCGAUUUCGGCAACCUCCUGCCCCGAGCCCCCAGUUCGCACAGGAAACACAGGAGCCGGAGCGCUGAUCCUCGCAAGGCAGGAGGCCGCGGCGACGACGAGGAGAGGAUGAUGGACAAGCUUCUGAUGCACUACAGCAAGAAAGGGCUGGACAGGGAGGAGCGCAAGGAGAGAGCCAACAAGUCCCGGACCCUGUUCCCACGAGACGACCAGCGCGGCGACGGAGCCGGAGAACUGUCUAGCAAAGGAGGAGGAGCAUCUGCACACCGCCCUGAAAGAGCCGCAUCCUUGCCUUCAGAAUCCGCAAGCCCCAAGGCAAAGGCGAAGGCGAAGCCCCCUGCUCGGUCCAUGUCCAUGCAGCCAGAGAUGUCGAGGGGGAACGUGCAUCCGAGCAUGCCGGAUUUCGACGAACUCGCCGCGCGCAUCAGUGCUCUGAGGAACGCGUGAGCUGUGCCCCAAGACUGACUGCCCUUCAGCGACGCUUCUGUUGUUUCAGGAACAAACCUCUACCAUGGAAUCUGAAACCUGGUGGUGCCUGCGAGUCACGGCCUCACGGGGGAUAAGAGGACACUCGAGGAGAUACAACUGUGGCCUGUUUUCGCAGCAAUUUUUUUUUGUCUUGGUGGUAUACUUGUUCUCGUGUUGCUCUGAGUGUGUCUUGGUGGUAGAGUAUUGUCAUCAGGAAGAGUUGUUAAGAUGUGGCAAUUCAUAGGGAUACCAUACUACCAUACCGAUAGCCAGCUACAGCGAUCUGGAUGUGGUUGUUUGUUGUACUCAUAGAACAGAUACUGUUGGUGUGUAAGAUGUCCAUUGAUGCUGCUACGAUGAUAAAGAAAU